CACACGACGGGCCCGGCUUUUGUAUCUCUCUGUCCGGGGUAGGCGUGGGUUGAUGACGCACUUCCGGCCUGGUUUUUUUUUUUCUCUCCCGCUGGCGCGCUGGCCGGGGUCGUGAGCUGUCGUGGCGGUGUUUUGGGGGAAACGGUGGCCGCGCGCCCCGCUUUCCGGGAAUCUCAUCGGGGUCUCGUGGCCCCGGAGGCUGCGAUGGCGGUGGCCUGCGCGGUCGUGUUGGCGUUGAAAGCAGAAGCGGAGGAGGAAGAGAAGGAUCCCGGGGACUGGCGAGACCCCGAAACCUCCCGGAGAUGCUUCUGGCGGCUGCGCUCCGGGGACGUGUCCGGCCCGGAGGAGGCGCUGAGCCGCCGGCGGGAGCUGUGCCGCCGCUGGCUGCGGCCCGAGCGGCGCUCCGAGGAGCGGAUGCUGGAGCUGCUGGUCCUCGAGCAGUUCCUCAGCCUCCUCGCGCGCCGGCUGCAGGACCCCGUGCGCCACCUGCCCCCCGAGAGCGGGGAGGAGGCAGGGGCCUGGGCGCGCGCCCUGCACCCGGCCUCCCCGCAGGGCACCCCGACUUUCAAGGCCAAGGCUGGAUCACCGACCCGGGGAGAGUGGCAGCAGCUGGCCGCGGCCCCCCAGAAUGGCUUGUGCAAAGAGAGCACUGAGGACUAUGGGAGCACGGCCUUGCCCGGCCUGGAGAACCAAGCUGCCUGGAACCCCAUCCUGAUCCCAAAGCAGGAGAAGGACUGCAAGAAGGAGGUCAAGCCUGCGCAGGCCUGGUACAAGGCGCGCCCCCAAGGACGGACCUCAACAGGGAAGAGAAACUACCUAAAGAUGCUGUCCUGCCACCGCCACACCCCCAGGGUUCUCCAGGAGAGCCAAGGUACCACAGCUACCAUGCACGUCCCCUGUGGGGUCAACGAGGAAGAGCUUUGGAGAAGUGGAGAGCCGGGGUGCACAGCCAUCUCACAGGUCCCCUGUGGGGCCAAGGAGGAGGGGCUUUGGAGAAGUGACAACUUUGAGGAGGUUGUCACCGCCCUUGCCCUUGCUCAGGAUCAACUUUACCACUUUUGUGAAGUAGUCCCCACUGGAGAACGAGUUUGCUGUGGGGAGUGGAGCCCAGCUCAUCUCCUCCGUCUGCUACUUUGAGUCUGAAAAGGACUGGUGGGUGAGCAAGCACAUUAAGAAGCCCAUUCCACAGUCCUCAGCUUGGGCUGGCACCCCAACAACAUUUUGCUGGCUGUAGCAUCAUGUGACUUCAAAUCCAGUGUGUCGACUCUGAAGACAGAAUUUCUACCACUGCUCAGUUUGUCCUCAGAGAAGAGCAUCGUGGCCGAGCCAUGUGUCAAUUUACAAGGUAGACCAGCAAGACUGUCGAAAAUUCUGCACCACGGGCAUCGACGGGGCCAUGAUGAUCUGGGAUUUCAAGAUAUGUCUCUCCAGUGGUGGUCGGCAGUGCUGGGGUGCAGACCAGGCCAUGCACGCACUAUCCACUGAGCCGCCCUGCCGCAGUGUCUGCUGAAGAGCCGGCAUUGGAGUCCCUAAGGGGAGCACAGCCCCCAGCAGGUCGAGACCUGUCCUAGGAGAAUCCAUAAACUACGUGGAAGCCUGUGAGGAGUUCACCACCAAUGGAAUGUACUGAACCUCGCUAUGCCAAGGCUCCUGAGACAGAACAAGAAAAAAACAACAUCUCUCCUUGUUUGAUGAUAUUUUGGUUGUGUCUAAUAACCUUUGAGUAUGUCCCUCAUGCCUGCCACUUUGAUUAGGCUUUACUGUACAAAAAUAAAAUAGUUUUGAUUUAUGUAUUGCUUUAUAA